GAAUUCCACCUCGCUAAGCAAGUGCUGCUUUAUAUAAUUAAUUCCAUCUCCAAUGUUAUCUCCAUGCCAACUAAAACAAUAGAAGAAGCAGCUUUCAUCUCCCAAUGUCGUCUAACGAAAUCGCCCCUGUGGAUCCUACCGAUGUUUUUCUUGAUAUGGAUCCCAUCCUCCCGGAAGAUUCGCCGGCAACCAGCUUGUUCACGAGACCCCUCGCUUUGAAAGAACAAUAUGUGUGGGAGCCCUAUGACAGCGAGAAGCUUCCGGAGACAUUAGCCUCAGGGAUUCAAAGGUUUCUUCGUGUAGCAAACUUGGUUGAGUCUGAUGAUCCUCGUGUUGCUUAUCUAUGCCGUUUUUAUACUUUUGAAGAAGCUCACCGCAUUGACAGUAGAUCUAACGGAAGAGGUGUACGACAGUUCAAAAAUUCUCUUCUUCGAAGGCUAGAGAAGGAUGACGAGUUUACUAUAAGAAGAAGAAAGGAAAUAAAUGAUCAUAAGGAACUCAAACGUGUUUAUCAUGCUUACAAUGAAUACAUCAUCAGACAUGGUGCAUCAUUCAAUUUGGAUAAUAGUCAGCAAGAGAAGUUGAUAAAUGCACGCAGCAUUGCUUCUGUUUUAUAUGAAAUUCUAAGGAAAAUCGAAUCAAGUAUGGGCCGUGCCUCAACCCCAGAAAGUAUACAAUUAAACCGGGAUGAGGAGAUUGGUGAGCUCCUUGAUAUGGACACCUCAAUGGAGGAGACCAACAAGAUAAAUUCGGACGAGACCUUUGUCGACCAAAAAGCCGAGUUGGUAGUUGAGAAGAGCAAAGUCUUAGAGGACGAGAGACUAACUCAAAUGUUUCAAGGAGACCACCAAUAUCUCACCCAAGAUGAAAAAGAUGACAUAUACAAAGAGGAGGUUCAAAUAAAGAAAGACAAACGUUUUGCAUAUGGAUCAAUGAAGGCGGUUCCAUCUUUGUUUUACGAAGAUAAGUAUCUCGAGACACAAGAAAAGUUGAACAAGCUGGAGAAGAAGAUUGAAGAGAUGGAGCUGAAACUCAAGGAUGUCGACUUUUGGACUAACAUGAUGCAAAACAUGUUUCCAGACCAAGUACCUCCAUCUAUGAGAGCAAACCAAACCGAUAACAACAAAAACGACAAACUAAGCCUUUAAAUUUUAUCUUCUAUCUAGUUGUUCUAUUCCUAUGGUUUGUAAGACACUAAAUAUUUACAUUUAAGUUAUCUUUGAACUUAUGUUUUCGAAUAUUUAAUUAGUUUACAAAUUAUAUUUUUG